AUGGUGCAGGAACUCAAGGAGGAGAGUUUGAAAACAGUGCUUGAAAUGCGAGCAAAACUCUAUCAGCAAAUGCUGACGUUGGAAGAAAAGCUCGACUCCAUGACUGCUGUGCCAAUGCAGGGCCUGCAGCAUGCUGACAGUCCCGACGGCUACGAGGACGAGGGCAGCAAGAGCCCCGAGGGCAUGGCAAGCCCCGAUGGCAUGGAGAGCCCCGAGGGCAUGGAGAGCCGAGACGGCUAUCUGAGCCGCGACGCGUCGUACAGGAGCACCCCGAUUUCCUUUCGAAGGAUCUCAGAGUCACCGACGGAACUUUUGGGAUCGAAUCGAGGCUCAGCUUCGAGGUCCGAAGAUCACCGUAGCGCUCUCAGCACACCCAGUGUGGUGAAGGAACGUUUCCAUGAGCAUUCGAAGCUCCCCAGGGCGCUGACGGAUGUGUAG